GUAUCCUCAUUUAACAGUCUUGUCAAUCUACAAAUUUGACCACCCAAUUGUAUCAAAAUCCACAAUGAUACUCGUUCUUAUCUUAAACAAAGUUCACAAGAAAAUGACGGAUUGUAGUCCUCGAGAACUCCUCCCUACAUUUGUUGCCAUAUAGUACACAAUGUCUUUGUUUCUCUUUCCAGUUUCUGCGAUUUUAAAUGUUUAUUUAUAAUAUUGGGAUUAAAGAUAUCAGCAUCCACAUUCAGUGUUUAAUAUUAAUAGCCAAUCCUAAUCCAAUUGGCGCAAAUGUCUACCCAAAUGGAUACCUAAAAUAUCUCUCAUUAGCAGAUUCUCCCAAAAGUCCAAAACCCUUUUCCUAGUCUGUUACUUCCGAGUGAUUUCUGAGUUGGUAGCAACAAUGACAGGCUUAAAAAUUGACGUGCCGAUGAAUGUGUAAAGGUUGCAUCUUUCCUCAUUCUCACACCCAAUCACUUCUCCGCAGUUAUAUCAACGAUGGCUUCUUCUUUCUCGUAUCGUCCAAUGAUUUUGACCAUCAAUUCUGCAAAGUCCCAUUUGAAACCCUAUCCUCCUAGAACCCAUUUUCAUUCACUUACUAACGAACCAAUUCCCAUCAAGUUCAAAUCUUUUUCGACUUUUCAAGCCCCUAAUCAUUUGGGCCAUUUUCGAACCUCGUCUUUUCCAAUUUCAUCAAUCUCAAGGUCAGCCUCUUCAAAUGAUCUCCUUGAGGUAAUUGAUGAGAAAAAUAGAAUCUUGGCAGCUGAGGAAAGGCCUGUGAAAUUCCUCUUCUGGGUUAUUUUCUGGGCGUCUGUCUCUCUUGGUUUUUUUGCCAGCUCAGGUGAUGCUAAUGCUGCUACUGCUGCUGUUGAUUCCAUUAGAGCUUCCAAUUUUGGAUUGAAAGUCGCCAAUGCUUUGAGGGGUUCUGGCUGGCCUGAUGAAGCUGUUGUCUUUGCUUUGGCUACUCUUCCUGUAAUUGAGCUGCGUGGUGCUAUCCCUGUUGGUUAUUGGCUGCAACUCAAACCUGCCUUGCUCACUGUAUUAUCUAUUCUUGGGAAUAUGGUUCCUGUACCUUUCAUCAUUCUAUACUUGAAGAAAUUUGCAACUUUCGUUGCUGGAAAAAACCAGGCUGCCUCGCAGCUCCUUGAAAUGUUAUUUAGUAGGGCUAAAGAGAAAGCCGGCCCUGUGGAAGAAUUUCAAUGGCUUGGUCUAAUGCUGUUCGUGGCAGUGCCGUUCCCUGGGACAGGUGCUUGGACAGGAGCCAUUAUUGCCUCUGUUCUUGAUAUGCCAUUCUGGUCUGGUGUUUCAGCCAAUUUUGUUGGUGUUGUAUUGGCUGGUCUCCUGGUAAACUUGUUGGUGAACUUAGGACUCAAGUAUGCUGUAAUUGUUGGUGCAGUAUUGUUUCUUAUCUCUACCUUCAUGUGGAGUAUCCUUCGGCAUUUCAAAACAUCUCUAAGUUCAAUGAGUUAAUGUGUUUCUGGAGAACUCAUUCUGGAAAAUUUACUUAACAAAAUUGUAGCCUUUUUGCUAUUGCUCUUUUUGGUCGUAUGGAGUAAGUUCAUCGCACUUCACGAUCCUACUCAUGUUCUUUGUUUCGCUGCAGUGUUAAUCAUCAUUAGUCAAAAUAGCUCUGGCGAAAGCCUGGACUUGCUUAGAUGUUUAAAACUGCUUUCAGAAUGUAGAAUAUAGACGGUGAUGAACUAAACAAAAAUUUGAGUUUGGGGCGAAUCCGUAUGAAAGCUAUAUGUAAUUGAAGUCUUUGGGGAACUCUCAAGGGACAGAAUCGUUCUGAGAUUGUAGAUGGAUGUCUGUUGAAAACUAUAGUUGAAUGGCCUUGUAAGUUCACAUCAUAAGCGAUGCAUGCCAGUAGAAUACUAAAGUUGAAUGGCCUAGUAGUUGACAUCAUAAACAUAAGAAGCAUACAUUAUUUUGUUAUCCUUAAUUAAGGACCGGAUCUGAUAGUCAAGAAAAUGCAGAGAUGAAUGCAG